GUCCUGCCCUUCGCGGGCCCGGCCCGGGCCGCGUGGUGCUGGGACGCCAGGCCGCCGGUCUGCGACGCGCCCGUCGUCCAGGACGGCUCGUGCGAGGAGGGCGCCACCAUCCCAGCGGGAGGCGUGUGCACUCCGCAGUGCGGCGGCGGCAAGGUGCCGAAUGGCAACUGCCUCGUGUAUUGCCCGCCGUCUGGCGAGUCGGGGGUCGGCACUUCCACAUCAGAGGACGGAUGAAAUGUGCAUUGGGGACCUUGAUGCCAUUGCAGACGGAAACCCAUGGUGGAAUGUUUGCUUGUAUUACGAUGCGUGCGCUGCGAAUUACCCGCUGGGCGACCCCAUGUGGGGGAUAUUCACGUGCGUGGACCCCGCGGAUGCCACAGAAUGCGAUCAGGUCGACUUGCCGACCACAGCCGCGCCUACAUGCUGGGGCAGCUGGGACUGCCCUACCGCCUACGUCCUGUCGUGGUACGUGGUCAUGUGCCUCAUAGGAGCAGCGGUCGGACGCCUGUCGGUGACCAAGGCGCGCGCCUUUUUCCAAGACAUCCCGGUCGGCCCGCAGAUGUGGAGCCCCGCGAACGUGGCGGGCGUUCUCCUGGUGCUGCUGGCUCCCGUCCUGUACGCCAGCGUCUUGGCAGGGGACGCAACCAUCACCAGAAUGCCUUUUCUCACAGGGCUUGCUGCUGGCCUUGCGUUGCCCCUUCCUUUGUCCUUCGCGCUGUUCAAGAACGGAGCCCAGAGCAUUGUAAACAUGAGCACGGAGCGUUCGUGGCGGAUCCACGCGGCUUUCGGUUUUGCGUCCCUUCUGUUCAGCACGGCUCAUGGUGCGAUCGUUCUCAUCGAGGUGGCGAAGCCGUUCUCCAAGAUUUGGUGGAUGUUUGGAGCAUGGGGAUUGAUAUUGAUGUGGCUGGGAGUUCUGGCAGCUCCGCUAUAUGAGCUCUUUCCCAGCGUCUUUGUGUACGACAGGUUCAAGUUGCUACACUUUGCCAGCAUGUGGGGGGUAAUCUUUGCAGUGCUCCACAUACUCGAGCACGCCGUCACAUUCGGCACUGUACGAUCGUGGCUCGUCGCAAUCGUAAACCUGCUGGUGCUCGCGGCGUACGUGCUGCAGAAGGCCCACGUGCACUGGACCUCUCGCGGCCAGGCCGUGGUGGCCGCCGAGGUCCUCGGCCCCUCGGGCGGCAUGCGCUACAUCUCAAUACGCAUGAAUGCCCCGAAGUUUGUGCAGGCCUUUAAGCCUGGGCAGUGGGGGCACCUCACGCUCAACGGGGUCACCAAACCUGCCGCUGCCCCCCAGGAGCCCACGGAGGUGGCCGUCCUGGUCAAGGUCUCCGGCUCCUGGACGGCGAGGCUGGCGGCGGCCUGCGCUGGGGAGUCCAAGCCCAACGUCUGGCUCGAGGGCCCCUACGGCGCACCGUGCCUGCCCGACCCCCGGCUAGACGCGGCCGUUUUCGUGCUGGGCGGCGUGGGCGUGACGCCAGCGCUGUCGCUUGCGCCGCUGGCCGUGCGCUGUGGCCUGAGGCAGGUGCACCUGUAUUGGUCGCUGCGCGAGGAGCACCUGCUGCUUCACUGCGCUCCCUACCUGGAGGGGCUGGCCCCCGAGCACACCUGCGUCCGCGUGACGCGGCAGCGGAGCGGAUCGCCCCCCAGCACGCCCACGUCGGGGCUGGUCGGGGAGGCCGGCAUCGCUGGGGCCCCCGACGAGCUGCCGCUGGCCGCCCAGUACGGCCGCGCGGACCUGGGGGCGUGGCUCCAGGCGGCGUCCGCUGCGCUGUCAGGCGCCGGCUGUAAGAGGACUCGAACAGACGCUGGUGUUCGUCUGCGGCCCGCCCCCGCUUGGAGCCGCCGUGCGGGCCGCGACCGCCGCGCUGCCGGAGGUGGAGUGGUGCAUCCACCAGGAGGUGUUCAGCUUCCUGUCGCCGCUCGUGGCCGCGAAGCCUGGACCGCACAGCGGGGUGGAGCCCAGCAAGAUCGGGAACACGUCCUGACAGGCCUCUCCCGUCGUGCUGACACCCGCCCGCCCUGA